GUUUUCCUGUAACUACAUAUAAACCCCAAUUUAGCUCUGGUUUUGCGAGUAAGGCUCUUGGACUGUACUUAUGUAAAACUUUAUAAGUAGGCUAGGCUAGUGCCAACUGUGAGGUUUGCUUAGACUUGGGUUGAAAAUGUGGCCUGAAAGAGCUUCUGAAGUCUUGCCAGCUGUAUGGAGACUCAUGACACAGCAGUUUUCAACAGACAUGAAUUAUAUAAAUCUGAGAAAUACCGAUUGAAUUGUUUAAAGCCCAAUGGCUCGGCAGGGUCUCCAACCCUCAUUGCUUGCCACUGGUGAUGCUUCAGCUUCGCAACCUGUGGCUCAAGACUUGGCCAUGGCGCUGGCAAAAAGGCUUAUCAGCGAAGAGAACCUUGGCCGCGCAGGGCUAGCAAGCAGCGUUUACAACGGCCAGGCCUUUAUCUUCGGGGGCCACAAUGGCCAGAAGCCCUUGAAAACUGUUGAGAGCUUCCGGCCCUUGGAGGAUGCCAAAGACCCUGGCGAAUGGAAAGAGGUGCCGGCCAUGCUAGCACGGCGUACAUAUGCGACUGCCUGCGAACUGGAGGGAAAGAUCUAUGUCGUGGGCGGUAGUGCUGAUGGCAGAACUCUGAACACCUUCGAGGUACUGGACCCGGAGUCCAAUGAGUGGGACCAAUGGUUCACAAAGCCUCCCAUGGGCACGAAGCGUACAAUGCAUGGCGCUGCAGUUGCCGGAGGGCGACUUUACGUCUCUGGGGGCUUCGAUGGAAUCAGAGAUUUGGCCUCUGCUGAGAUGUAUGACCCCAGGAGCAACUCUUGGAGCAGUUCCAUGGACGCCAUGUCGGUUCCACGCUCCUACCAUGUGAUGGUGUCCACCGGCGACAAAGUCUAUGCCAUUGGAGGUCAGGAGCGCCAAGUCAAGGACGAGCAGAAACCUCGAGCGCAUCAAAGCAUAGAAGCUUUCGAACUCUAUUGCGAGAGGUGGUUGCCAAUGCCUCCCAUGUCUGUGGGGCGGAUUGGUGCCGCUGCCACCACCUUCCAAGACGAGCAAGGAGAUCACCUUAUUUAUGUCACUGGUGGCUCUGAUGGAGAUCAGGUCUUGAGCUCUGGGGAAGUCUUCAACCCGCGGCUAGAGACGUGGCAGGAGUUGCCACCGAUGACAGUUCCAAGGGUAGGGCACUGCUCCUUUGCAAUCGAGGGCCGCGUCUAUGUCGUUGGAGGGAUGGAUGGCAAGGUGGUCCUGGACACUUACGAGGUCUUUGACCUUUCGGAGAAGAGCUGGUCAUUGCCCCAACAUCUGGGAGCUGAACGAGCUGGACUCGGCUCGAAUGGGCUUGUUGUUAUCGAACUGAGUAACGCGUUGUCGCCACAUUGUCCAUAAACAAAUACGUUUGGCACUGUUGUAGUGCUGCAGAGUUGAAGUUGCACGCCGUUGCACGCCGUUUUCCUUUAGACUAGACUUCUGAUUCUAUUUUACCAUCAUCAACUGCCCUUCCUUGCUUUCAGAUGCAUGGAGGGCAAGCAGUUGUCGGCCUCGUUUGUGGCAAGACCGGAGGACUUGCUAGUCCAGGUGAUCCUGAAGAUGAGCCAUGUGACGACCUCUAGCCAGUCCAUUUGCUUUUUCCGAGUCCAGAGCGAAUCGCCACUGGCCUUGGUUGAGCAUGAGGAUGACUCCUGACAUCCUGAAAGCUGGGAAUGUCAGAUUUCACCGUUUCACUCAGAGAGGAAGAAGUAAAUCUUGCAAAAGUUGAA